UACCAUUUAUUAUCUAUAAUUAGCUAUAUAUAUGAGGGGUCAUCUUCUUAUUUCACAACAUAUAGAAAAAUAGUAGCAGAAGGAAGAACAUUUCUUACCAAGCAAAAACAAACCUAUUUUGAUUUGCAAAAUUGUCUUCCACAAUCAUAUAUAUAUCUUAUUAUUUUGUUCAGUUUGGUGAGAUUGAUCACAAAAUGAUUCCCACAAAAGUUCAUGCAGAAGUAACUCAAGUGAAGGUGGUAGAGAAUGUUAAGGAGGAAAAUAAUAUGAAAAAUAUGAUGAAGAAAGUGGACAGAUAUCCGGGUCGGGUUUGGCGAGCCGCGGUGAAGAUGGGAAAAGAAGAUCCAAGAAAAGUGACACAUUCCCUCAAAGUUGGUCUGGCUUUAACUCUGGUUUCAUUGUUGUAUCUAUUGGAGCCUUUGUUUGAAGGAAUUGGUGAUAAUGCCAUUUGGGCUGUUAUGACUGUUGUUGUUGUUCUUGAGUCCACAGCAGGUGCUACUUUAUGUAAAGGUCUAAAUAGAGGAUUUGGGACUUUCAUAGCUGGAUCAUUGGCAUUUUUGAUAGAGUUCAUUGCAAAUGAAUCCGGUCGAGUUUUUCGAGCUGUUUUUAUUGGAACUUCUGUUUUUCUAAUUGGAGCUAUCACUACAUACAUGAGAUUCUUUCCCAACAUAAAGAAGAACUUUGACUAUGGAGUUAUGAUAUUUCUAUUGACAUUUAAUCUGAUAGCCGUUUCAAGUUACAGAGUUGAUAAUGUGUUGAAGAUUGCUCAUGAAAGAUUCUACACCAUUGCAAUAGGCUGUGGUAUCUGUCUUGUAAUGACUCUACUUAUAUUUCCACAUUGGUCAGGGGAAAAUCUCCACAAUUCCACCAUAUCUAAGAUUGAAGGCCUAGCCAAAUCCAUUGAUGCAUGUGUCAAUGAGUACUUUGAUCAAAUAGAAGAAACUUAUGAUGAAUCAAAUAAGGAUCCUAUAUAUGAAGGUUUCAAGGCUGUUUUAGACUCAAAAUCUAAUGAUGAGACCAUGGCUUUGCACGCGAGUUGGGAACCGAGGCACUCGAGGCAUUGCUACAAAUGUCCGGGGCAGCAGUAUGUGAAACUAGGAGCUGCUCUUCGCCAGUUCGGGUACACUGUUGCUGCACUACAUGGAUGUUUAAGAACUCAAAUUCAGACCCCAAGACCAAUUCGAGUUCUACUAAAGGACCCCUGCAUUCAAUUAUCUGGAGAAGUCUCAAAAAUACUUAAAGAACUAGCCAACAGCAUAAGAAACCGCUCCCAUUGCUCCUCUGAGAGGCUCACUGACAACCUCAACAAAGCCUUACAAGACCUGAACACAGCCAUCACCACCCAACCGAGUUUCGGCUCAACCAACAUUGAGAAGCCAAAUGAUGAGCUACAACAACAACAACAGCAACAACAACAACAGCAGCAACAACAACAACAGCAGCAGCAGCAACAACAACAGCAACAACAGCCACAGCAACAACAGCAGCAACAGCAACAGCAAGAACAAGCUCAACAAACGCCACAGAAAUUCUUUUCUGGGGUCUUGACAUUUCCAAGAAGGGAGAAAUCUCAAAUAUCAAAGGAGUUAAUUGAUGGUACUGAUCAGAAGAAGAAGUUGAAUAAGCAAAUAAGCAAAAUCACCAUAACAAGUCUGGAGUUCUCAGAAGCACUUCCCUUAGCUGCUUUUGUUUCAUUGUUGGUUGAGGCUGUGGCCAAGCUUGACAUUGUCAUAAAUGAAGUUGAGGAGCUUGGAAAUCUUGCUUGUUUUAGUGAGUGUGUGAAGAAAGAUGGUGAUGAUCAAUAUGAAACUAUUACUAUCAAAUAUGAGACACCUAGAGUUGACCUUGAUCAAGAUCAUUUGCCUUCUAAUAGAACUGAAUAAGAGUACUAUUACAAUUUUUUUUAUAGAUUAUUUUUAAAAGUAGAUGAGUAGAGAAUGGUGUAUGUAAUGUAAUUGUUUGAUUUUGUAUUGUAUCAAGUUUUCGAUUAAAACAGAUUAUCUUCAUAUGUAGCA